GACGGUGAGGUGCCGGUGCCUCACGCGCAGGCGCACACAGCGCCGCGCGCCGCCCGGACCCCGGGACCCGGCGCUGCGGGGACGCUGAGGACGGCGGCAUGCGGGACUACGAGGAGGUGACCGCCUUCCUGGGCGAGUGGGGGCCCUUCCAGCGCCUCAUCUUCUUCCUGCUCAGCGCCAGCAUCAUCCCCAAUGGCUUCAACGGCAUGUCCGUCGUGUUCCUGACGGGGACCCCGGAGCAUCACUGCCGGGUGCCGGACACCGCGAACCUGAGCAGCGCCUGGCGCAACCACAGCAUCCCGCUGGUGCGGCAGGAUGACCGCGAGGUGCCCCACAGCUGCCGCCGCUACCGCCUGGCCACCAUCGCCAACUUCUCCGCGCUGGGGCUGGAGCCGGUGCGGGACGUGGACCUGGAGGGGCUGGAGCAGGAGAGCUGCCUGGACGGCUGGGAGUUCAGCCGGGACGUCUACCUGUCCACCAUCGUGACCGAGUGGAACCUGGUGUGUGAGGAUGACUGGAAAGCUCCGCUCACCAUCUCCUUAUUUUUUGUGGGUGUGUUAGUAGGCUCCUUCAUUUCGGGGCAGCUCUCAGACAGGUUUGGUCGGAAGAACGUGCUAUUUGUGACCAUGGGCAUGCAGACAGGCUUCAGCUUCCUGCAGAUCUUCUCAACGAACUUCGAGAUGUAUACCGUGCUGUUUGUCCUUGUAGGCAUGGGCCAGAUCUCCAACUAUGUGGCAGCAUUUGUCCUGGGAACAGAAAUUCUUGGCAAGUCAGUUCGCAUUUUAUUUGCCACAUUAGGGGUGUGCAUAUUUUAUGCAUUUGGCUACAUGGUGCUGCCACUGUUUGCUUACUUCAUCCGAGACUGGAGGAUGCUGCUGCUGGCGCUGACUGGGCCAGGGGCCCUGUGUGCUGUGCUCUGGUGGUUUAUCCCUGAGUCUCCCCGAUGGCUCAUCUCCCAGGGGCGAUAUAAGGAGGCAGAAGUGAUCAUCCGCAAGGCUGCAAAACUCAAUGGAAUCGUUGCACCCUCCACCAUCUUUGACCCCAGUGAGUUACAAGACCUAAGUUCCAAGAAGCAGCAAUCCCAUCGCUUUCUGGACCUGCUCCGAACCCGGAACAUCCGAAUCAUUACCAUCAUGACCAUAAUUCUGUGGCUGACCAUAUCCGUGGGUUACUUUGGACUUUCCCUUGAUACUCCUAACUUGCAUGGGGACGUCUAUGUGAACUGCUUCCUUUCGGCGGCAGUGGAAGUCCCAGCAUAUGUGUUGGCCUGGCUGCUACUGCAACAUGUGCCCCGGCGCUAUUCCAUGGCCACGGCCCUCUUCCUGGGCGGCAGUGUCCUCCUCUUCGUGCAGCUGGUGCCCCAAGACCUGCAUUAUUUGGCUACCAUCCUGGUGAUGGUGGGUAAGUUUGGAGUCACCGCUGCCUUUUCCAUGGUUUAUGUGUACACUGCCGAGUUGUACCCCACUGUGGUCAGAAACAUGGGUGUAGGCGUCAGCUCCACGGCGUCCCGCCUGGGCAGCAUCUUGUCUCCAUACUUCAUUUACUUGGGUGCCUAUGACCGGUUCCUACCCUACAUUCUUAUGGGAAGCCUCACCAUCUUGACAGCCAUCCUCACCUUGUUCUUCCCGGAGAGCUUCGGCAUCCCUCUCCCAGACACCAUUGACCAGAUGCUAAGAGUCAAAGGAAUAAAAUACAGACAUGCCCCAAGUCACACAAGAAUAUUAAAAGACGGUGAAGAAAGCCCUACAGUUCUUAAAAGCACAGCCUUUUAACACACUUCUAGUGGCUAAAAAGCUGAAGAGGAAAGCCUGCAUCUUGUGUGAGAAACGCUGAGUCCUUCAAUGACCAAGGGCUUUGCUGUUUUUCCCGCUAACCUUGUGUCUGACUUGGUCAAAGCUGGGCACCCACACCCAAGAGGAGUGGAAGGUUCUGGAGGCCCACCUUUCCUCCAAGAGAUAUGAUGGCUACCUGAAGACAGCUUCUUCAUCCCGAUUGUCAACCAUGAUGGACUGGGCACUUCGGGGGAAGUUAAUGAUUCACUAGAAUUGGUGAGAUCUGGAGGAAUAGAAAAAAGAAACUUUUUAGUUUUAGAUUUGGUUACCCUGAUAAAGCUAGAGGUCUGCAUUUUUCUCCCUCCUUUCUAAUGGUGGACCUUAGAGGAAAGCGCUAACUGCAGGCUGAGGGUGGAACUCAGUGGUAGAGCACUUGCCUCGCAUGCACAAGGCCCUGGGUUUAAUGCCCAGCACUGCAAGGAAACAACAAAAAAUAUUUUGUCAGAAAGGAAACAGUUCCACAGAGAGUUUGAUUUUUCCCCCCCCACUUUUCCUCAGUUACAAAGGCCAACAUGGGGGGAUUGUUAUGACUCUACAGCAGAAGAGCGCAGGAUCUAGGGAACCCUAAAGGUAAUUAAGAUGGACAGGACAGAUGUGUUGACUGUGACCAUUCAGUCUGACUGCUGGGUGGACUUGUUUACAUCUGAUCAAAGCACUGGGACGUCUAGGCCCAUGAGAAAUGCAUUGUUGAAUCAUUUAUUCUUGUUUUUUCACUACUGUGUCAAUCAGACUUCCUGGCUAUUCUAGCUACCUGUGGUUUGAAGGAAAUGUGAGCACUUGUCUCUCCUCUCAGAGCUGAAUUGAGAAGGUUUUAUUUUGCUGUUUUUUUUUUUAAAUUUUGUCUGUUUGUUGUUAUGUCUCCUCCCUAAGUUAUUUUCCCUUCAGUAGAGACUUGGGAACAGCCCAUGGCUCAGCCUCCUAGUUUGUGUCUCUCCUUUCAACCCAGAACCACUCUGGAACUAGUCCACAGUUGCCACUUGCACAAAGCCUUCUCAGCCUUAGCCACUAGCACUUCUCCAAGUGCCAAACAAACAAAACAGUGUCAUUGUCAUAUGUUCUCCUGUUGUGAUACCUAAUCAUAGGGAAUUUU